CCUCAGCUCAUCGUGGCGAAGUCCGCGGUAACGUCAAGAAUAUGCAAAACUUGCCGAAAGGCUGCAUGCGCUCUCGAGACUGGCAUUCACUUCUGGCUAGAGCAGAUGUACAGUCACUCUCACAAGCGCGAAGGCGGCAUGAGCAUAAGCAUCACAACGACGAGCAUGUGUCCAACAAUAGGCAUUCAUAUGGCGUCCAAGAAUACACGGUCGUGCUCAAUAAUGAACACGCUCAGUAUUGGUCGCACGUCGACAAAGGAGGAAAAUUUAGGAUCAAUGGUAUGCUGGCUGGGACAUAUCAUGUGAGACUCUUCCAAGAUCAACGCGAGGUACAAGCUACAAAUCUUGUCCUUGCUCGUGGCGGGUCGGCCCAGGUGAGCAUUGAGGCGCCAGCAGAACAAGCAACCAUGUGGUCCAUUGGCUGCCACGAUGGUCGGCCUCAAGGAUUCUUAAAUGCCGACAAGUUUGAGCGCAUGCAUCCCAGUGAUCGACGUAUGAGCUCCUGGCUGCCGAGGACUGUCAGUGUUGGCGACGUUCGUCAGUUUCCUAUGGCCCAGAUUGGCGGUCUAAAUCCUACGACCAUUCGCUUUACCUUGACUGCCAAAGAAGCCUCCAGCCCACGGACUCUUCUCAUUGUGACGACAGCCCAUGUGAAUAGAGGUCGGCCGUUCGUCAAAGUGAAUGGUACGCCACAACGGGUGCCCCCAGCCCCUUCACAUCUGCAAGUAUAUGGCAAGGGCGUUUACGAGUCACGAGUCUUCACUCGUGGUGCUCAUUUGCUUUCACCGGCAACUUACACGUUUGGGGCGCUGCAGCUCAAGGCUGGACUGAACGAGAUUGUGAUUGACGUCGCUGGUAGGCUCAAACCAGGGUUGUCGCCGUUCCUGCAGCCUACCUUCGUGUAUGACUAUGUUGCACUAGUAUGAUUUGUCAUGCUUCAAUCUCGUGAUAGAGUCAGAGUCAGGUCUAGUGAAUGUCUUGUGUAGCCAAUGACAAUGGCUGCAGAAGUCAUGCAUGUGAAAUUGCACCG